CAGUGAGCCACGCCUCCAUAUUGAAUUGACAUUGGUGACUGUCGACCUUUACCUUAUACCUGACUCAUGGAGAGUGAAGAAAACUUCCAGCUGCAGCAGGAAAGCUCUGCUCAACAAGAGGCAGAUCUGAAAAGAGCUCAGGAUGCUGUGACUGAGCUGUACGUGUUCCAUCGUCAGUAUCUAGAGACACACCCUCUGGAGCAGGCAGGGAGAAAAACUGUGGAUGUGGAGGAAAAGCUCAAAGAGACUCUCAGUCUAUUAGAUUCUGUUCAAGACUCGCUGCCCAAAGUUCAGUGGUGGUGUUUGAGGGGACGUGCUCUCAACAUCCUCCCCGACCACAGUCAAGAGGCUCAAGACAGCCUCUCCAAGGCCAUCAAGCAUGACCCUACUCUUAUACAGGCAUGGAAUGACUUGGGAGAGACUUACUGGAAGGCUGGCAAUGUGAUACAGGCGCACGACUGCUUUGUGGGCUCUCUUUCUCAUGCUAAGAGUAAAGAGUCAUUAAGGAAUCUCUCCAUGGUGCUGCGUCAGCUGGGCAAAGAUGCUGGUGAACGAGAGGCUAAAAUCAAAGAGAGUGUAGAGAAGGCAAAGGAGGCAGUGGGUAUGGACGUCAGUGAUGGCACUUCAUGGAUGGUGCUUGGCAAUGCAUACCUCUCGCUGUUUUUUGUGAGCAACCAGGACCCCCAAAUACUCAAGCAGUGCACCUCAGCCUACAGUCAAGCUGAGAAGGACUCUUUUGUCAGUAACAAUCCUGAUCUGCAUUUCAACAAGGCAACACUGUACCAGUAUGAGGAGAACUACCCUGCGAUGUUGGAGCAGCUGUCUCUAUCCUGUACCCUAGAUCCGAACUGGGCAACUCCAAGAGAAAAGAGAGAGAGCAUGCUCAAGUUUCUGACGACCAAUGCUAGACUCAUUGAGAGCAAGGGCAAGGCAAAGGCAAAGCUGUUGGCAUCUCUGUCCUCGUCUCUGGCCCAGACCCGCAAGUAUGUGGGGAGUGAGGUGGGGAGGGUCCUGGUGGAUACGUCAGGAUUACAGAAGGGAGUCAACAAUGGACGCGUGUUCCUGGGGGGUCUCGUAUGUGUUGUGCCAUUCAAGGAGAGAGUGUCUUAUGCCUGCGUGCUAGUGGAUACCAGUGGGAGUGCCGUUGGACUAACACUUUACAACUUGGCCCAGACCACUCAUCUCAGUGUGGGAGAUAUCAUUGCUAUACCAGACCCGCUGCUCAGAUUUACACAGGUCCAGGACAAGUCUGAUACUAUUCAGUUCCACAACAUUCGGGUGGACAACCCCAGCCAGCUACUCAUUAAUGGACAGAGACUCACUAAAGACAAACUAGCUCAGUCCACAGUCUCCAUCACUGCAUUCAGUUAGCACUGCAAACAAAAUACCAAUUACACCAUUAUUACUUAUCGUAAAACAGUGUGAACAAUAUUAUGAACAAUAUGGAUCUAUUGCCAUUACACACCCUGCACCUGCACUAACAUUAUCAUAAACUUUCAGUUUAACACAACACACCAAAAUAUUGUUAUCAGUUCACCAUC